AGGUCGCAUCUUCUCAGAAUGGCCUGUGUGGUUGCUGCUCGUUGCGCAUUUCUUGGAUCUCGUCGCUUUCCUUUAAUUUUAAGGAGCUUGUGCACAACAAAUCGCAUCUCAGAAUAUGCCGAACAGAAACUCGGUGAUAUUGUCUUUUUGGAACUUCCGGAAAAGGACCACGAGGUUCAUGCCCACGGUAGGCGUUGUGGUGUAGUGGAAUCUGUCAAAGCUGUUAGUGAAAUAUACUCCCCUGCCUCAGGGAAGGUUAUUGAAGUUAAUCCAGCACUGGAAGAUAAUACCGCUAUCAUAAAUAAAUCUCCAAUGGACGAGGGUGAAGAUACGCAUGAGCUGCUGUAUUUUGGUUUGUUCAGUUCAGCCCAGGUCGGUGUGGCCUCGGCUAAUGGCGAGCCCAGUUGA